UAAAACAGAAAAAAUGAGAAAGAAACACUGAACUCAGUGGUUGAUUUCAGCACUUGCAUCCCUGUCAUUUUUGCACCCACUGAUACCUACAAUGUCACCGGCAUCAAUUAUGAAACAAAGACCCUCUCCUUGAUCGACGCCCACGUACUUACCGGCAGUGCAAUAUGUCCAAAGGCAAAACAUAAUGUCACCCUCACCAGCGCACCAAAUACAUGAAUUUAUCCUGCCUUGCAUCCGGCGGUAACCAGUCCUUGGUUUUCGAGUCAGACAAGAUUUCGGAGAGGCUUGAUUGGCAUAGGGACUGCGCGCCAAAAGUGGUUACCACGGUUAUGGAGGAAGCGAUUACGAAUGUUUUCAGUAUGACGGAUGGGUUUGUCAGGGCCUUGCGAAGGGGGUUUGAGUUAGAUUGGGGAGACAUUGGAGAUUGCGUUGCGUGUGAGGAAUCUGGUGGCUAUUGUGCUUACUCUUCCAAUUCUACAACGGACCUCUUCUGCUUUUGUGAGGAUGGACGGCGCAGCGGAAAACGUUGCUCCGAAAUCUGAAUGAGAAUUGAUGGUGCGCAAUUCGGCCGGUCUUAGCUGUCAACGACCUUGUCUCUGAACGGAAUUGCGGGGAACCUGAAACAGAGAAGAUGAGGAAGCUCCGGGGGGAACCCGGUGUGGAGGUUCCGAAGCUCAAGUUAGAAUCCU